UUCAGUCAUUUGUUAGAGCAGCUACUCGACUAUCUUGUCAAUAUAAUAGAUCAUCUUCGGUUCAGUCAAAAAACUGGAGCUUUGACGUCACACCACUUUUUUCCGCAGGAUUAAAGAUGGCGCCGCAUCAUGUACUAAAGUGCUGUCAACGGAGUUUAGCUUGGAUACCUGUUAUUUUCAUCAACCUGGUCGUUGGCUGGUCUUAUUAUGCAUACGUCGUGGAACUCUGUAUCUUUACAAUCCCAAAUAAUGCAGAAAAAAUAUCAUACCUGGUUGUCUUCCACCUAUUCUUCAUCAUGUUUAUCUGGUCCUACUGGAAGACUAUCUGCAGUAGGCCUGCCAGCCCCUCUAAAGAGUUUUGUCUGGCCAAAGUGGAGAAGGAGCAGUAUGAGAAGGAGCAGCCAGACGCUCAGCAGGACAUCCUGAAGAAAGAGGCCGUAGGAUUGCCUGUCUACACACGCACUGGGACCGGAGCCGUCCGGUACUGUGACCACUGUCAGGUGAUCAAACCCGACCGCUGCCACCACUGCUCCACCUGUGACAUGUGUGUACUGAAGAUGGAUCAUCACUGUCCAUGGGUGAAUAACUGUGUUGGAUUUUCGAACUACAAGUUCUUUGUCUUGUUUCUGGCCUACUCCAUGCUGUAUUGUGUGUUUGUCGCUGCUACUGUCCUGCAGUAUUUCAUAAAAUUCUGGACACAUUGCCGAAGGAGAUCUGUUGGGGAUUGUCCUCAGAAUCAGCUGCCCGACACUCACGCCAAAUUCCACGUGUUGUUUCUGUUUUUUGUGGCGGCAAUGUUCUUCAUCAGCAUCCUGUCGCUUUUCAGCUACCAUCUCUGGCUUGUGGGAAAGAACAGGACCACCAUAGAAGCUUUCAGGGCUCCUGUCUUCAGAAAUGGCCCAGACAAAAAUGGCUUCUCUCUGGGCUUCAGUAGGAACGUGGUGGAGGUGUUUGGAGACCAGAAGAAGUACUGGAUGUUUCCCAUCUACACCAGUCAUGGUGAUGGACACAGUUUUGUCACCCGGUUGCUGACCUUAGAUCCUGAGCAAAUAGCUGUGGGCCUCCAGAUCAACGGCAAAAGCUCUGUAGAUGGUCUGGCAAGCCCCAAGCACAUCCUUGGCAACAACAUUAACCACAUUGAGGGCCAUCAGGAUGACGUAGCCCAGACGGUAACUGUGACAAUGGAGAGUGAAUCAUAGACAGGUAAGCCUAUAGAUGAGUUCCGCUGAAGUGCGCGUGUUUCCUGCAGACCUUAGAGUGGAAACUGAUGACCACCAGGUGGCUCAAAUGGCCAGUUUACAUGUCUGCCAGGAGACAACUGAGCCAUUAAUAGCCGUCAUCCUUUCUAUUGUCGUUCUUAUGACCACCAAACAGCAUCCCUGUUACCAUGGACAAACCCUGGACACGACAUCUGUCACCAGAGCUUUAAUCAGCUUUCAGUUUCCAUCCUCACCAAAUGCAUGCAGAUGCGUUUUCUUUGUUGCUAACCAAAAACACACUACAAUAUUUUUGUUGGUAACUAUUAUUAAUCUCUGGAACUGCUCUGUUAUUCAAGCCAAAAAAAAUAAUACUCUUUGCACUAGGUCAGAUAAGUGCAGGAAAAUAAUUGCUUUACAGUUAUACGCCUCCGUCAAAUCAGUAUUCACUUGCUUUAUUGGAAAAAAUGAAGAGGUCACUGUGUCUUAGCAUAGAAAAUGUGUUCGUGGCUUUGAUUUGAUUAAACCCAGAGCAUACAAUGUGAUGUCUUGAGGCCCUGAAGGUCAUGAGCACUAUUGUCUCAGUUGAUUGUAGCGUGUGUGUACUGUAUGCACUUUACACUUGAAUCCUGUGACGGGUGCUAAGCAUAUCCAUUGAUUUCAAUAGGACAGUAGGUUUAUACGAACCACGGCGUUGUAGGACCCUAUGCCUCUCCCAAAAUCCUCUCCUGCUCUGCAUCAUCGGAACUUAAAUGUGCAUUGUGCCUUCAGUACAGUAUGGAAGAACAAAGUUAUAGUACUGUGCCAUAGUUGACCGUAGCAUUAUGUAAUAGCUUUACAAUUUAUACAGAUGGAAAUGGAACCCGGAGAGCAUUUUUGUUUACAAUUUUACGGGCCAAAUCCCCACUCAUGUUUUGCACAAUUCCGUGCAUCAGUGAUGAUAUACACUGAGUGCACAAAACAUUAGGAAAGCCUUUCCUAAUAUUGAGUUGCACCCCCUUUUGCCCUCAGAACAGCCUCAAUAUGUCGGGGCAUGGACUCACAGGUGUUGAAACUUUUCAACAGGGAUCCUGGCCCAAUUUGACUCCCAAUGCUUCCUACAGUUGUAUCAAGUUUGCUGGGUGUCCUUUGGGUGGUGGACCAUUCUUGAUGCACUUGGAAAACAAACUGUUGAGUGUGAAACCCAGCAGCAUUGCAGUUCUUGACACUCCAC